AUGCUCGGCACUCUCGUCGGUUUAGCCAUGCUGGUGGCCGCCUCCGUCGUCUUUCUCUACUAUUCGAUCUGGACGUUGGCUAUGCCCUUCGUCGAUUCAGACCACCCCCUCCACAACUUCUUCCCGCCGCGGGUCUGGGCUAUUCGUUUACCUGUUAUCCUCAUCCUACUCGGAUGCGCCGUUGUUGGCUCGUUCCUGAGCGUCGUCAUGAUCCGUAGCAACAGGAAGAAGGCUGCUAAGGCUAAGGCCGCAGCAUCUAAGAAGAAGGCGUAG